UCUCCAGAUAGCGUUUUGUUUUGGUCAUGACAAAUUCUGAUUGUAUGUUUCAUGUCUACUAGCUGUGCGACAGGGAUCAGAGCAACUUUUAAUGUGAAACCAAUGGUCUGGUCAGUUUAAUUGCUUAACUUGAAAUCCUAUUUGUUCGUGUCGAUUUUGUUGUUUCAAUUACGCUGUUUUUCGAGUUGUACCAUGCCUAAAGGAAGAAGAUUUGUACCGACCGCGGAACACGAUGGAAUUUGGUUUCAACACAUUGGUUUGCCAAAUAUCAUUGAAAACAGAAAUACCGGAACGACCACUGGUUUAAUGAUGAAUGAUAGAUUUGAUGAAACAGCUCAGAGGUUGACAACAAUAAGAUGCCCACCCAACUAUUUUUUAAGACAACAGAAAAAGUACAGAUCAGAAAACCCAUUUUCAUGGCAUGACAAUAGGAAUUCAUUUCAAGACCAUGGUGUUUAUUUUGGCCAGGGACUUGGUAAAAAGAAGGCUCACUCUGAUACAUCACAACACAAGUCUAAUGAUAUUGUAACAUGGGGUGGAAAAAAGAAACCAGAAUCUUUACUUGAUAUCAAUAGUUUAUAUAGAGAAGAUUUUCUUGGAGAAAGGUGUUCAACAGCCCCUGUCCAUCGACGUUACUCAAAAAUAUAUCCAACACCUCCAGUUGGUCAGAUAAAACUAGACACGAAUACAACAUUAUGGGUUGAUGACAAGGAGUAUGUGCCGCGAACAUUUCUACAAACUCUUGCCAACACUCAGGAACCAUACCUGCCACCGAACCCAUGGAAAUAUUCCUACCAUGCUCAAUCCUUUGCAAAGUCUAAACGACCAAAAACCCAUCUUACAAAGAGAAGCAAAAUCAUGACAGCCGUUGCAUGAAGAUUAUUGCUAAAUAAACACAUCUUGUGCCAUAUUUUGUUACUGCACUUUUGUACUAAUUUUUGCAUAAAGCAAGCAAUCUAUUUUUUUUUCUUUAAUUGUUUUUGCUAUCCAAUUCUUACCACCUGCACUACUAAGAUUUUACCUAAUAAUAAUACCACGCUCGAUGUUCUUUAAUAUCUUUUUUUUUUUUCGAGGCAAUGAACGUCAUUAUUGCAAAAUAAAC